AUGAGCGUCCCCCCUCCUCCUACGGGCUUUAGCCCCCCAUUUGUCACAGCUACCGUUGCUAUUGCGCGGGCUGGUGGUCGCCUUCCCGUGUCUCGCCACGAGACUCUUCGGGCUGUCGAUGACCGCCCCGAUGUCUACGAGGCUAUUCUACUCGCCCCCAAUGAGCCGAAGAUCGAGUCCGUGGAAGACACUCGUAUUCCAAACUGCCGUGUGUUCACUUUCCACAAGGAAGACAUGACCCUUGCCAACUUGCUCAGUGUUCGCUGCCUGAAGCACCCCAAUGUCCUUUUCUCUGCUGCCCGGGUUCCUCACCCCUUGACCCCCAACUUCGAGCUGCGUAUUCAGACUGAUGGUACGAUCACUCCCCGUGAUUUGGUCAUUACCAUCUCCAACAGCAUCAUUCGGGAACUCGGUCAACUUUCCCGCGAGUUCACCAAGGAGUUCGAACUCGCCAAGAUGGCCAAGGCUGCCAACCAGCAGCAGGCUAACGAGUAA